AUGCCUCAAUAUUUCUUUUUCUUCCUGCAGAACAAUGGUUCCCUGGUUUGGUGCCAGAAUCACAAGCAAUGUUCUAAGUGCCUGGAGCCGUGCAAGGAAUCCUGGGACCUGUGGAAGCAGCAGUGCCAGAGCUUCUGUGAGCCUCUGUUCCCCAGGAAGAACUCCGAAUGCCUGACCAGCUGUGAAUUCCUCAAGUACGUCCUGUCCGUGAGGCAGGGGGACUGCCCGGCCCCCGAGAGAGCCAGCGGAUUCGCCGCCGCCUGCGUGGAGAGCUGUGACGUGGACAGCGAGUGUUCGGGCGUUAAGAAGUGCUGUUCCAAUGGCUGUGGACACACGUGCCAGGUGCCCAAGACGCUGUACAAAGGUGUCCCCCUGAAGCCCAGGAAAGAGUUACGAUUUACAGAACUUCAAUCUGGGCAGCUGGAGAUUAAGUGGUCCUCGAAAUUCAAUAUCUCCAUUGAGCCUGUGAUCUACGUGGUACAGAGAAGGUGGAACCCUGGCAUCCAUCCCAGCGAAGACGACGCCACACACUGGCAGACGGUGGCCCAGACCACAGAUGAGCGGGUUCAACUGAUGGACAUACGACCCAGCAGGUGGUACCAGUUCCGGGUGGCGGCCGUCAACGUGCACGGGACCCGCGGCUUCACGGCCCCCAGCAAACACUUCCACUCCUCCAAAGAUCCGUCCGCGCCUCCGGCUCCGGCCAACCUGCGGCUCGCAAACUCCACCAUCAACGGCGACGGCAGCGUGACCGUGACUCUCGUUUGGGACACUCCCGAGGAACUGGAUAUCCCGCUGCAUCACUACAAAGUAUUCUGGAGCUGGACGGUCAACGGCAAGUCCCUCGUCCCCACGAAAAAGAAGCGGAGAAAGACGGCGGACGGGGCCCACAACUCUGUGACUCUGGAGAGACUUCAGCCCGACGGUGACUACAGUGUGGAGCUGCAGGCUGUCGCCUACUGGGGACAGACACGCCUCAAGAGUGCCAAGGUCUCCCUGCGUUUCUCCUGCACGCACGCCGCCAGCGACAAAGAACAACUCGGGAAAACUAGAAAAGGUGUUCUGGAAACGCAGGCCCCUCUCCCAAGACGACGGCCCAGCCGCCCGCUGGAGAUCGGGGUGCCCUUCUAUCAAGACGGCCGGCUGCAGGCGAAGGUGUACUGGAAAAGGUCCAAAGACCCCAACGUCAGCCGCUACCACGUGCACUGGUCUCCAGAACUGUGCGCCCACAACGAGACCGCCAGGCCGGAGGCGUCGUCCGCCACGACCCAGGAAAAUUAUAUAAUUCUUCAAGAUCUGUCAUUUUCCUGCAAAUAUAAGGUGACUGUCCAACCCAGCCGGCCGAAGGGCCGCUUGAAGGCAGAAAGCGUUUUCUUUACGACUCCAGCGUGCUCUGCUCUCAAGGGAAAAAGCCACAAGCUCAUCAGCUGUCUCGAGGAAGCAGGUCACGUCCUUUCCAAAGUGCUGGCCAAGCCGGAGAACCUGUCUGCUUCGUUCGUCAUCCAGCACGUCAACAUCACAGGCCACUUCUCGUGGACGAUGGCCAAGGCCAACCUCCACCAGCCCAUGACCGGCUUCCAGGUGACGUGGGCGGAGGUGACGACGGAGAGCAGACAGAACAGCCUGCCCAACAGCAUCAUCUCGCAGUCCCAGAUCCUGCCUUCGGAUCACCACGUCCUCACGGUGCCCAAUCUGAGGCCAUCCACCCUGUACCGGCUGGAAGUUCAAGCGCUGACCACAGCGGGCGAAGGGCCAGCCACGGUCAAGACUUUCCGCACCCCCGACCUGCCUUCAUCCUCAGCGCACAGGCCACACCUGAAGCACCACCAUCCACAUCAUCACAAGCCUUCUCCAGAAAGAUACUAACCUGCUCCAAGCGAUGUCCGAAAUGGAGCGAAUGGGCGAGCUCGUUGAACCGCAGGACCGGCCAAGCGUUCCCACAGCAGCAUUAGCUACCCCCCCACAGGAUGCCACGCUCCCACGUCAACAAGUACUUCCGUCAAUCAAGGAUGCACCCAGAAACAGGGACAAAUGCCGAGCCAGUGAAGAUGGACACCGGUUUUCUGUGAGAGUAGAGAAUAUGAAGACUCCGCCUACUUAACUGCAAAUUCUAUGUUCAUACGUGCUUUUGCGAAUCGCGAUGGAGUGGGUACAGGAUUGCCUACACUUAGAGCAGCAAAUUGUCCAUCAGGACAAGUCAGCGUAACAAAUGCCCAGUUCGUAGACACAGUCAGCGUAAAGUUAAUCAAUGGAAUUUUUAACAAUUAAAAUAUUGAUUUGAUUAGCAAAGCCAGCUAGGACGAUACAAUUCUUAGGCCACAUUUAUUCAAAUCUAGCAUAAGAUGAUCUUUAUUACGUGUGAUUUUUAGCUGGAAAUUUUAACCUGAAAUAUACCAAGGCAUAUACAUCUAAAAAUGCUGUCACUUUAAACACCUUCAAGCUUCAUUUUAUGCAAAGACAAAUGAGUGUUCAAUCCGUAAAUUAUGAUGUAUGGGAGGCAUCCAAGGCAGGAAGGAUUCGGUGAAUUCAGCUGCUGUCCAGAUUUUGCCUUGGAGAAAUUUAAAUGCUUUUCUGAGGAUACUUUUUAAUAUUUCAUCCUAUGAGAGACUUUCCUGCUAUGUUCUCUUAUUUAUAUUUGCCUUUUUCAUUAACACAGGAAACUGGUGCUUGUAUGGUUGGUUUAUGAGUUUUAGGUAUCUAAAAACUUUACAGAAUCUGUUGCUUAAAAUGAAAGAAAGCAUCCCAAUUCUUGAACAGUCUCACGUUUUUACUGAGACUUGCCUUCUCUCAAUCAAAGUUAUCUGUUUGUAUGGUAGAAUAUUCUCAGUAAUAUAAAAAAAGGGGAGUCUCUUUGAUUGAUAGAGGACAGAUAUUGGCCUCGAAUGAACGUUUGCUUUUUCAAAUCCGUUACAUGUUAUCGUUUGGGAAAUUUCACAGGCUCCGAACUACUGCCUCUUCGGACAAACUCAUCAAACCAUGUUAUGAGUCUGUAGUGUCUCAGUGUCUGCUAGGGCAGCCUGAAACACAGAAAUGUCUAGUUUAGUCAUUUUUUUCUUGAGGACUACCCAGAUAUGUGGUUUGAAAUAUGCCUAUAUUCGUCCGCACAGUUUUAAGCAUGCGCACGUAUACCUAGAUGCACAAGAGUGUGAAUCUCUGAAGAAAUGGUUUCCACAGCUCACCGGUUCUGGGUAAAGACCUAGUUCUUCUAAAGGUCAGAGGGGUCAUAUAUUUUCCCCAUCACUGUCGAUUCUAUGAGAAAAGAAUCCUUUAUCAGAAUUAAACAUUUUGAAGGAAAGGCUUCCUCGUUUCAUGAUCUAAGCAGGUGAAAUGGGGACACUUUCGGUAACGUCCCUCUUAGGGGUGGCCGGUGGGGCUUGGUGCUCCUGGGCCAGGCCACACUCAGGAGGCCGAGGCCCCAUGAGGCCACACUGCCGUGACUCAGAGCCCACGCCAUGUAAAAGAGACAGACACCGUUUCCACUAGUCUCUGGAUGCCUGUCUUUGAGAAGCUCGGCCUGUAGCACGGAUACUGGUGAUAGAUGCUGAGAACUGUGUUCUGUGCAUUAACAUGAAAAAGUCGAUAAUGCAGGAAGUGUUUUGUGGCUCCGUCCAAGCGAUAGAAAUCGGAAGUAUCAGAGCACAAGUGCGUUCUGGUUCUGAGUGGUUCUCUGCAGCUUCUACCAUGGCCUGGGACGGACUUAUCACAAAUGUGAAAUUACCUGGCUCCAAGAAUUACAUGUUUUCAAUGGAGAGAACAGGAAGCAGCCUUCAUUUAAAACACCCCCUCGCUUGAGUGAACACAGAGCGUUCGCUCUGAAACUACCAUAUAUUCUCGCGUCGUUACCAGCAUCUGAAUUUCAAAUUUCUAAAAUUUCUAAAAUUAAGACUUGCAGUUAUCGGCCACAAAUUUAUCUUUUACCUUAAUGCAUCAUGAAUAAGCCCUAGUGUUUGUGCCGACAAAUUUUUUUAACUGCUGUAUACCUUACAAUGCAGGAGUAUAUACAUAGAUACAAUAUAUUAUUAUUAUAUAAGUUUAAUUUUAUAAAACUGAAUGAUGUUUCUUUUGUCUGGGUAAUAGACAUUGAGCAAAUAUAUUUUUACUUUGGAUGAAGGUUCUGAAGCUAAUACCGUCCUUAAAAACUCUAAAGCAGCUGUUACGAGCAUGUAAUUUUGCUAUAAUAUUAAAUAACUUAAAUUUUAUUAGUAUCCUUGGGAGCAAAAUCCUAUUAAUUAGGCAAUAAAAGCUUCUUUUAUGAAUUUCAAGAAUCCACAAUCGUAUUCAGUGAGGAAAAUAUGUUGACAGUUUUUGAAUUAUAAUUUGAAAGCCCUAAUAAAGAGAUACAAUGUUUUUUAUUUUAAAAACAUAGUUUUAGUGGCUAAUUCACUAAUGUGUUUUAUGGAAAUUAGAUGCAUCUCUGUCACACGGGGAAAAGCAUAUUCAGUGAUAGCAUUUACUCUUUAAAAAAUGGAGCUCACUAAAAUAUAAACCCAUCACAUACAGGCGUGUGCAUCUGUUCACUCCCUGAAUUCGCUCAUAAUGAAUUCAUCUCUUCUUCUGUGUAGUGGAAGUCCUUGGAAUGAUUUUGAUAAACGCGUGCCCUUUCAAGUCAUUGUAAUAUGACCUGUUAGAGACAAUCGUGCUCAUGACAGGCAACGUUUGGAAAUGUUUAUUAAACAAAAUUCAAAGUUUAAAAAUAACGUCUGCAUCCUAGCAACCUAAAAGGACUGGUAGCAGUCCACGGACGGCGUUUGUUUACCACGGCGCUCUUAACCUUGGGGGCCGUAUCGUUGUCUGUUGUAGGCACCAUCCUGGGCACUGUGGGGUGCUGAGCACCAGCUCUGGUCAGCACCCACCAGGUGCCGGCAGCACCUUGUCUCAAGGCGUGACAACCCAGAAUCCUCCAGACAGUGCCAGCCACCCCCUGGGGGAUCAAGUCAGCCCCGGUUGAGAAUCUUUGCACUGCAGAAUGACCUUUAUUGACGGCGCGAGAAUUUGUCCAGUAUCGGGAGCCCCGUAAAAUGCAGGCGUUAAGCUCAGUCUGGGGAACAGCUGCAAGCGAUUACAUUUGACCUCAAAGCCCGAAACCCUGUCUUUUAUGUCCAGUGAGAAGCCUAUUAAAAAGACCGAAUUUUGACAUGUGUCUGCAUCAUGCAAGGACAAACAUUGAGGCUGUCCUACGUGCCAGUCAGCGUCACUUGUGAAAAUGACUGACCGGUUUGAUGCCCUGUCUUACACCGCGUGACACAGGUUUCUUCGAGUUCGCUCACUCCAGUCAUUGCAGACGCCUCCAAAUCUUGUUAUUCGAGUUUCACAUUGCAAACCGGAACACGAGUGCUACAUAUCUGUCGCAUGUACUUUAAAUAAAAUUCAUUUAAAAUACAAAUAAAUGCAUCAAGAUGGUGACUCUUAUCUGUGGUUUUGCAUGGCCAGCCUCAGCGUCUCCCCUCUGCGGAAUAUUUUGGCAAGUUAUACGGUGGACAGAGUGGUUAACAGAGGUCUGUACGUAAAGCUAUUAUUUUUUCUUUACUUAAUUAUAUUAUAGUAUGCAGAUAACUGCCACCUUCUCAUCCAGUUGGUCUGUAGAAACCAUGUCCCUUACAGUGGCCAUUUAAAGUCAAUAUUUAUUUAUGUAUGUAAUAAAGUUUGAUUUUCGUGUGUGUCUGUCCUGUUAUUUAGAGAGAAGUAAUCUUGUAAAAAAAAAAAUUGUAAAAAAACAAAAAAGUAUUGUAAAUAGCCUGAUAUUCUGUGACUCAUUAUUUUCGUGUUAGAAUUUGUACAUACUGAUUCAAUAAUAAAGUAUCCUAAACCUGC